AUGGCCUAUAAAGAGGAAAAGAAAACGAGCAUGCACUUAGGCCGCAUGCAACAAGGAAAAGAUGAGUCCCUUCGAAGCUACGUGCGGCGUUUUAACUUGGAGUCAGGGCAAAUUCCGGAUCUGCCUGAUGGAGUGGCUUUUGAUAACUUUUUUAGAGGUCUCAAGAAGGGUUCCUUCAAGUUCGAUUUGGUUAAGAAGAGUGGGACUGAGGCCUCAGAUCACCCUCGACGCAAGGAUAAAUCGGACAAAAAGACCAACCGUCCAAAUGGGACGUGGGCCAUUGAGAAGAAGGGGUAUCAGGCCAACUCCUCACCGGGGCAGAAGAGAGGACGACCCUAUGAUAAAGAGAAGUUUGAGUAUACCACAGAUCUUUACACUAUAUUACUAGACGUCAGCAAUAGAUAUGAGAUCGAUCGUCCGUUCCCCAUGAAGUCACCGGUCGAAACUCGGGAUAGCUCCCUUUAUUGCAAACUCCAUUGUGACGUGGGGCAUGAUACGAAAGAUUGCAAGAGCUUACGCAGGGCUCUCGAUGGAUUGGCCGCCAAGGGUUUUCUAAAAUCAUACCUCAGCACGAAUACAGGAGGGAAUGGAAAAAAGAUCUAUAAGAAGAGUAAAUCUCCAUCAUACCGCCGUGAUGAUAAUGACACAAAUCCAGAAUAUGUAGCAGUAAUCUCAGGUGGUCUGGCAGCUGGGGGCCCAACGAUGAGAGGGAAAAAAGAUUAUGCAAGCCGGUUGGCCCAGGUAAUGCUGUCAGGCAAGGCGCCAUUGGAUCACUUCCCAAAUGUGGAAAUCUGUGAGGCCGAUAGAGGAAAGAUAGCAACCCCCCAUGACGAUCCUUUGGUCAUUGAGUUGAAGGUAGCAAACCUUAAAGUAAGGAGUAUCCUAGUCGAUACGGGGAGUUCGUCGGACAUCAUUAGUCCAGCCUGCCUGAACCGUCUUGAGCAUGAUCCUAAGACGAUUGAGAAAAUCCACUAUCCUAUCAUUGGAUUCGGAGGCGGCAUAAUUCAUCCGCAAGGCAUUAUAACUCUACCUCUUCGAGUAGGGGGCCGACAUCAGCGUAGGAACUUGAACGCCCGAUUUCUGAUCGUAAAGGACCUACUUGCAUACAAUAUCAUCCUGGGGCGUCCUACUCUAAAUCAGGCAAAGGAAGUGGUUGUCACCCAUCUUAUGCUAAUGAAGUAUGUCUGUGAUAAAGGCCAAGUCGGCACUAUUCAUGGUGAUCAACAACUGGCUAGAGAUUGUUAUCUUACCACACUGAGUCCUGAAGCAUGGGGAGGAAGCAAGACAAAUGAGGGAAAAUCUGGCUCGAAAAGAAAAUUGGACGAGACAAAAGAUAAAGUCAAGAAAGAAACCUUCACCAUUGCCACGUCACACAUGGAGACUAGGCGGCCUGAGCCAAUCGGCGGCCAUUAUGAAAUUGUUCUUGAGGAAGCACGCCCAGAAAGGACGGUGCCAGUGGGACUCUCUCCUGACGAUCAGCUUGGGGCAAAACUGGUCACCCUCUUGAGAGAAUCUCAAGAUAUCUUUGCCUUCACUGUGGAAGAAAUGCCGGGCAUUGAUCCAAGUAUAGCCGUCCACAAACUCAAUGUAGAUGACUCCUUAAAACAUGUUCGUCAGAAGAAGAGAAAUCAUGGGGAAGCUAGAAACUAG